AUGAGCUCUAAAGUUCACAUCCUAUCAUCCGACACUCAGCAGUUGCGGCUAUUGGAGCGGCAGGUCGAGGAAAAGCGUCGAGAGAUUCUCCAGCUUCGCAGCGAGGUUCAGGAAUUGCAGCAACAGUUAGAAUCCCCAAACCGAAAGAGUCCAGAAGUCGAUUCAAAGCAAUUCUGGUCUCUACUCCAGCGAGUUAAAUCUUCGAGAGCGGAGGUCGUCAUAUCAGAAGCUUUGAUGCUUUCCCCUGGUGCAGACAAUGUAGAAGAUGAGCUGUUGAAGGAUUCGACAGCGAGCUAUGACAGCGGUAAUUUGACAGCACUGAUAGUGGAACAAUGUCUUGUACUGUGCGAUAUGGCCGGGAAGUUGAAAGGGACUGGUUAUGAAGAUGAUCUUUUCCAAGAGUGCACCGACUUAUAUCACCAGGCACAAUAUUUGUAG